GGUUUUCCAGCAAAGAAUUUGAAGUUAUUUUUAGAUAAUAAUAAUGUUGAAGUUGUUGUUUCGGCGAAAGUCCAUGAACCAUCUCCGUGGCUUAUGAUGUACGCUGAUGACCAUAAAGUGCUAACUGAGCAUAAAGUGAACCAAUGGAAGGGUGCGCUAGAGAACAGCGGUCUGAAACUAAACGUUGCGAAGACCGAGUACAUGGCAUGUGGCAUGGACCCCGACCCCAUAAAGGUAGGAGAGGAAUUUGUCGUGAAAACGGAUAAAUUCAAAUACCUUGGUUCCGUGUUGCACGAAUCUGGUGAAAUCGAUCACGACGUCCAAGCCCGAAUAAGUGAUGCUUGGGCAAAAUGGCGAGAAGUAGCCGGUGUCAUCUGCGACCCCAGGGUACCGGUGAAGCUAAAGGGCCUUGUGUACAAGAGUAUCAUCCGCCCAGUCCUACUAUAUGGUAACGAGACCUGGCCUGUCCUCGGAAGACAUGUCCAGCAGCUUCAAGUCACCGAGAUGGUGACGUUGCUAUGGAUGUGUGGCGUUAUGCGAUUAGAUCGCAUACGUAACGAACACGUCCGUGGCAGCCUCGGAAUCCGUGACGUAGCGGAUAAGCUGCAGGAACCAGUAAACUACGUCGGAAAUAGAUGCCUCAACCUCACUGUCCAAGGCCCUAGAUCACGCGGCCGCGGUAGGCCUGAAGCGCUAGCUGGACGUCGUGACAUCGGACAUGGGAGGGAACAAUCUCACACCUGAGGAUGCCGAAGACCGGGCAAAGUGGAGAAGAUUUAGUAGGAAACCGCUAGGUUGAAGAAGAAAAAACAGUAUUUUAUUUAUAAUUAUUUAUUUUGUUAAUUUUACUAGAAAAUCUGCUGUUCAUAGUGGUGCCCUUAUAUGUAAUUGUUAAAAAUUGCAUGGAACCUAAAAGCGGUAAAGAUAUUUUAAAUUAUUCCAUAGAAAGAAUUGUAGAAAUUUAGAUGUAAUUCACAAAAAUAGAACUAAACCUUUCAUACCAUAAUACAACGUUAGCAUACUUUUGUUUUGUUUUACUAUGGUUGAUGCAUAACUGUAUUUGUAGUUGGAUUUGCAUUGUCUGUAUUAUAGUAAACAAGGGGUGUAACUCAUAUACUUAUUAGUCUUAAUGAUAAGAACAGAUAAGAUUAAUUGUUUAAAAACAUACACUACAGCACGUGGCUGACAAUGGGGGUUUUGGAUGCAAGAAAGUAUGCAUGCCCAUACCCUAGGUAGAGUAGGUGGACCGUUGUCUGACCAAUGGUGAUGGGUACGCUGGAAACUCGGCGUUUUGGACGCGAGAAAGUAUGCAUGGCCAUACCGUACC